CUCAUUCGAGAUAACGAGAUGUGACUAUUAAUUGCCGGAGGUAAAAGAUAAAUAAUACCUGGGGACUUUUAUUUGAUUCUGCAUGGUCGAUCUCUCCUAAAGUUGCAAAUGAUGACGUUAAUCGUUAUCAGCCCUCUGUGCACUUAGCACAGGUGUUAAGUUUUGGCAGAGCCUGUCAAAACACGAGUCUGCCCUCCUGACCUGAUCCCAUACUUAGAGAAGCAUGCUCCGAGGAAACGGUCGCCAUUGCUGCGUUUGGGAGUGAAUAGAGCACGUGGAUUAUUUUUUUUUUCAAAAUUUCAUUUCUAACCAAAAUAUUGAACUGGCGGUAUUCUGAUAUUGGUCUGAGGAAGCACCUGAUUCACCAGCAAACGUUUUAAGAUGUCAGACGUGACAAAUCAUAAAGAGGCAACAGAGGACGAUGUAGAGCAAACGAUAUUUGUGAACCAAAACGAGGUCAGCGUUAUAGAAAAUGAGGUCAAUGUUAACAAACGAAUUGAUCGACACAUCAUAUACGGGGUCGAGGAACAUCCCCCAAUCUACCUUACCGUCAUCUCAGGCUUUCAGCAUGCCUUGAUUUCCCUCUCUGGUGUGGUGGCCGUGUCUCUCCUGGUUGCUGACGUCACAUGUGCUGAGAGAUAUGACGACAUCAAAACCAGGCUCCUUAGCUCAUCCCUCUUGAUGUGUGGAAUUUGUACUCUUCUUAUGUCGCUAAUAGGUUCUCGUCUUCCAUUAUUUCAAGGAGCGGCCUCAGAUUUUCUCAUUCCUUUGUUAGCCAUGCAGGUAUUGGAUCCCACUAAAUGUGACCCGACCAAUCAUAUUGCUAUAGCUCAAAAUAUAAGUCUUGCAAUGAAUGAAAGUGACCAUGAAUCUGAUCAAAGGGAAUUUGUACUGGACAAUAUCCGUGAGUUACAGGGAAGUUUGGUUGCAGCUGGAGCAUUCCAGUUUCUGAUUGGAGCGACAGGUCUCGUAAGUCUUCUGCUACGUUUUAUUGGACCAAUCACAAUCGUUCCUACACUCUUUCUCAGUGUCGUCUUUCUCGUCCGCGCUGCAGUCAAAUUCGUCAAGUUCCACUGGGGAAUAGCUUUUCUUGUUGCGGCUAUUUCUAUGAUUUUAUUCCUUUAUCUCGGUCAUAAGAAAACACCGGUACCUAUGUGGACCAAGAAGAAAAGAUUCCAUAUAUUUUGGUUUCCUCUGCACCAAAUAUACUCUAUUCUAAUCGCCAUUGUGAUAGGCUGGAUAUUUUCCGCCAUUUUGACCGCUUGUGGCGUGUUCGAUAAGGAUGACAUUUAUACUCGAACAGAUUCCAGACUCAAUAUAGUAUACGAUGCUGCUUGGUUUCAAUUACCAUAUCCAGGUCAGUUCGGAGGAAUUUCUUGGAGCACCAGUGUCUUUACUGGCUUUCUUCUCGGGACUAUUACUUCCAUCCUAGAUUCUAUCGGAGAUUAUUACGCUAUUGCUAAAACGUGCAAUGUUCCUCCGCCCCCUUCUCAUAGUGUUAACCGUGGUAUAGCGAUAGAGGGACUGUGUAGCCUUGUUGCAGGGUUGCUGGGUUGCGGUCAUGCAACAACAACUAAUGGUGGAAACAUUGGGGCAGUCGGGGCAACGAGGGUAGCCAGUCGUGACGUUUUUAUAGUGGUUGGGAUCAUUUACGUGUUGUUUGGAAUCAUUGGAAAAAUCUCGGCAGUUUUCCUCAUAAUACCCUAUCCUGUUUUGGGCGGAGCUUUGGUGCUUAUGUACGGAAUGUUCAACGGAGUGGUCCUGUCCAAUCUGCAAGUCAUCAACCUGAAUUCUAGCCGAAAUCUCGCUAUCAUUGGCAUCGCGAUCUUGUUUGGAAUGAUGGUGCCGUAUUGGUUGGAAACUACCCCGGACGCAAUACAGACAGGUUCGGAAUCACGUGAUGGCGUGAUAAAAAUGUUACUGGCUAAUCCCAAUCUAUGUGGAGGUGUCUUAGCAUGUUUCCUUGACAACACGGUAAAGGGCUCUCUAGAGGAGCGAGGGAUAGCAGCCUGGAAAAAGAUGAUUGACGAUAAGGGAGGUAACUCACUACAAGGCGACUCUAGUGUUUAUAAUAUUUAUAUUCCUGAAAAAUUAAAACGCAAUCGGUUCAUCCAACGACUUCCCUUUAUUCCUCCAUUACGGGAUUAAGAACCUUUUGUAGUGUGAACGAAUAAGCAUUUUACAUUUUAUUUAUUCUUAAUUUUAUAAUGCUUUUUAAUAUUUUUAUACAAAGGCACCUAUACAUUGUACUGUAAUAAAGAAGAAUGAAUGAA